AUGGGGAACUACACCGAUCUCCCUCCCCACGAGAGACCAGGGUAUACCCAGUCCGCCUCGUUCGCCCAUCCUGCCACCACGGCAGCCAACUCGGCCGGCGUCGCGUAUGCGCAGCCGGGCAACGUCCAGUAUGCGCCGACCGCGCAGGGCUUUGCCUAUACCGCAACGUCGGCAUCGCAUAACGCGCCCACGCGCACCCCGACAGCGACAGCGAAGACCAACGGCGCUUUCCAGUAUGCGAGUCCGCCCACGAAUAUCCAGUAUACCGCGAAACCUGUGGGCAGCAACAACCAGCCGCCGCCAGUCGUGCGGCACAACUCCCAGCCCAUAAGCCCUUCCUACCCCCCGACGCCCCAACUUCAGUACACAGCCGUGCCGCAGGCUCCUUCCUCACAAUCGCAGUAUGCAACGCAAGCUCCCCCAUCGCAGCCUCAGUAUGCAUCGCACGCGCCGCCUCCGCAGUCCCCGUACGCAUCACAGGCCCCUCCAUCGCCAUCUCAGUAUGCGACCAUGCCACAGGCUCCUCAGCCGCCCCCAGCCGACCAGUCCUUCUACCCGCCUCCUCCCAUGGGCAGCCACUCGCCGCGCCCUGAUCAUCACCGAGCUGCUUCUUACUCGGGGCCAAUGAGCACACACGACGGCCGUAAUGUAGUAGAGAUGCGUCCACAAGGUCACCUUGGCGCAGGCGACAGGCCAGAUGGGCUGCGCAUGGAUAGGCUGUCCGUCAGCGGGAACAGACCCGAUAUACAAACCAUCAUUCCAGGAGGCAUGCCUGGGGGAUUCCCCUCCGGACUACCGCCGCCGAGUCCUCUGCUCGAAGCGUACCAUGGAACGUAUCAGUCCAUCAGUCCUAUGCCUCAGGCGCUGAUGCUAGAUGACGAUCUUGACCAUCUGCCUCCUCUCGAUACCCUCUCCCCUCGUGAGUCUGGUCAUGGCCGCCGCCGCCGUGCUCAUUCUACCUCCUCGCGACGAACGCCCAGCCCUUCGAGGUCCUCACGGCAUACCGACAAGCUGGCAAUGGCCGCAUAUGGCCGCGACGAGCGCCUUCCCGAAAAGGAGAAACGAAAAGCGAGAAUAUACGAUGCCACUGACGACGCUCUAGCGCUUGUCGACGCACUGGCGGCGCGAACGCCGGAUGUGGAGACUAUAUGCGAAAUCCUCCCAAUCCUCACACACGACCAGAUGCUCGAGUUGCGAGCCGAGUACAAGCGACACUGCAAAGUACAAGGCAGGGGUAUCAACAUCGCCAAACACAUCAAGUUGAAGACCAACGGUAAUUUUGGCAAAAUUGCCUACGUGACGGCCCUAGGCAAAUACGAAGGCGAGGGCUACUGGGCAAACUACUGGUACCAGUCCAACUCGGCGAAGAGAGAGCUCCUCAUCGAAUCGCUAAUGGGUCGACAAAACCACGAGAUCCGCGAAAUCAAAGAUUCAUUCAAAGACAAGCGCUACAGCGACUCCCUCAUCCGCUGCAUGGACAAGGAGCUCAAAGCCGACAAGUUCCGUAAAGCCGUGCUGAUGGCACUGGAAGCCAAUCGGCAGGAAGAAAGUGAUGUGUGGCCGGUGGAAUAUCGCAAUCGCGAUGUCGAUACCCUAUACAAAGCCAUCCGAGCCAGGGAAGGCGGAGAAAGUGCUAUGCUCAGUAUUGUCAUCAUGCGAAGUGACGCACAUCUGCGCGAGGUGCUAAGGACAUAUGAAAGAAAGUACCAAGGCAAUUUCGCGAGAGACGCUCUCAAGAAGAGCAACAACUUGGUUGGUGAAGUCAUUGCGCACAUUCUCAAUGGCGUCAUCAACCGUCCUGCAAGAGAUGCCAUGCUCCUCCACCACGCUCUCGUCGACCUCAUGGAGCCCGCAAACGACGGCCGCUCCUCCAACAGUCGCCUAUCCUCGCGCGAAGCAACAUCCAGCAAGCAUGAACGCCAACAACGGGUCGAACUACUCAUCUCGCGUCUUGUGAGAUUACAUUGGGACCGGCAGCAUCUUCUUAGAGUUAAGGCGGAGUACGAGGAGAAGUAUGGUCGUGUCGUGGAGGAGGAUGUGGAAGAGGCCACCAGAGGAGACUUCCGAGAAUUUGCCCUUGUCAUUUGCCAGACUGCGAGAUAG